AUGGUGUUAAAUAAAGGAGUAUUACCUCCAGGUUAUAAGUUUAUGCCAAGCGACAAACAAAUAAUUAAAGAUUAUCUGGUUAGAAAGGUCCAAAACACUCUCCCGGAUGUUAGUUGGUUUAUCUUGGAGAAAGACAUCUACAAGUAUUCAAAUCCGUUCCUCCUGUUUCAAGAGAUCCAGAGAAACCAAGGAUACUUUUUCACUCCCAUAACCAAAGUGAGUUCAUGUGGUAAGAAUGUGAAUCGAAAAACCGGAGAUGGAACAUGGAGUGGACAAAAACCAACAACCCUAAAAGAUGAUGAUAAAAAACCAAUUGGAACGAAAAGAAUGUACAACUUCGAAUGGAAUGUUCCCAAGGAAAAGAAACGUGAAGUUGAACGUGAGAAGGGUCACUGGAUCAUGCAUGAAUAUUCGUUGCUCCCCGAUUAUUACACAAACAACAAUAUAAAGGCGGAUCCCGAGUAUGUUUUGUGUGAGAUUAGAUGCAAAAUACCGAUAUUCGACGUCCAUGGAGUACGACAAAAACAACCACAAUCUCAACCUGUAGCAAAGAGGCAACGAACAUCUCCCUCAACGGAUGCAGUGCCUGCUGUAGAGCCACCAGCUAACAAUAGAUCUUCAAUAUCAUGGGUUCCAUCACCACUGCCAGCAGAAACAUCUACAUCAAAAUUUGUGGAUUUAGAAGCAGCACCAGUUUUCAAUAACGUAGAAUCAUCAUCAGAUUGGGUUGCAUCAUCACCACCAGUUUUCAAUAACGUAGAAUCCCAUUUAAACAACGGAAAAUUAUCAGAAGCAUCUGCACCAGUUUUCAGUAACGCAGAAUUAUCAGAAUGGGUUCCAUCACAACCACCGGCAAUGAAGACAACGGAUCCUUAUGUGCCUGUGCCAGUACCACCUGCACCAACAAGUAUGCUUUCAGCCUCGAUGCCUGACUUUGAUGAAUUUCUCAAUGAUGAUGGAUGGGAGGAGUUCUUUUCCUUCGAUAAUAAUGGUUUACCAGCUGUUAAAGAUAGCCUUAACACUACUACUCCAGAUAAUAAUGAGUGGGAAAAUCUGGAUGAUCUGUUACCAACUUCUGAAGAUAAACUUAAUAGUAGUACUCCGCGGGAUAACAGCUAUACCUACUACGACUCGAGAAAGGUAUUAAAAGCAAGUGAUUCUGAAGCAGUGAAGAUUUCCAAGCUUGGAUGGGAUCCUGUUGCUUAUAAAGCAUAUUUCCCCAAUUUUGAACCCAUGUACUAA